CUAAAACCGAACACACUCUGUCCCUUUCUUUGCCACUCGUUUCUGUGUGUUUCUUUUUUCUUUUCUAUUAUUUUUCUUCUUUUCUCAAACAUUUUUUCCGUCUCUCCCACCUCAAUGCCUUGGAGUUGGGCCUGAAGAGGAAAGCUGAAGGCUUCCAAAAUUCCCAUUUCCCAUUUCCCAUUUCCCCACUAUCCCUUUCUUCUCCUUUCCCUUUAUCAUCCAUCAUCCAAGUACAUUAUCCACUCUUCCCAAUUUUGCAUUCCAAUUUAUCUUUUGCUUCUUUUCUACCAUUCUUCUAACACCUUCUACAGAUUCAGCCUCCCUGCCCAUGUCGAUACCCGAUUUUCUUUUGGUCUUAGCCGCCAUUUCUCAUUCUUCACUUCCUUCAUCUCUUCCUAUUUUCUCUCCUCUUUAAGCUUUCUCGGAUUCCCCAGAUGAAGAUGCAGCUUGACUUGUGAAUUUCUACCAGAAAUUGAGAUUACUUUAUCAUUUCAUGGGGUGAAAAAAGUGAUGAUGCUGCACAACUGGGUUUCAGUUGUUUGUCAGUGCUCUGAAGAGUGUAUAGCUGAACUGGGAAGGAUCCUGAUCUGAGAAAUUUUCUGUUGGAAGUAAGUUAAAGCACCUUGAGAAUCAGUCUUGUCUGCAUUUUUUUUUUUAUAAAAAAACGUUCUGCGAAUCGCUACCAUAGAAGGAAACUGAGAGUGUGUUGGAGUAGAGGAAGUUGCUUGAUGUAUUUGAGACUCAGGGGCAUUGGUAAUAUGGGCGAUGGUUCUAUGGAUGACAUGAAAGGAACUAGAGUUUCUUUGAUCGAGUCAUCGGCUUCGAGAUUAAUGAAGAGGUCACGUGCCCCUGGAAGCGGUCCCCAAGUCCCUUCCUGUAUGGUUGAUGGUUGUAGCUCAGACCUUAGCAAAUGCAGGGACUAUCAUCGCCGCCAUAAAGUAUGUGAGCUCCAUUCUAAAACACCAAAAGUAACCAUUUGCGGUCAGGAACAACGAUUCUGUCAGCAGUGUAGCAGAUGGUUGAAUCAGUGUUGGAUGCAAAUAUUUGUGAGAUACUUACAUUUUGUGUUUCUUUUACUUCUUAUCUUUGUAUGGUUGGUUCCCUUCUUGGCAUUCGUUUCAGUUCCCUUAACAUGUGCUUGUAGAUUCCAUUCUUUGGUGGAGUUUGAUGAUCGAAAACGAAGCUGUAGGAAGCGUCUCGAUGGGCACAACCGACGUCGAAGAAAGCCUCAACCAGCGACUAUGACACUAAAUGCAGGAAGAUUUCUCUAUGGCAACCAAGGUCCAAGAUUCUUACCAUUUGGUAAUCAAUUACUGUCUGCCAGCAAUGAUGUGAGCUCUUCUUGGAUUGGAAUGAUCAAACCCGAGAGCAAUGCCCCUCUUUGCAGCGGCAACUCACAGUUUGACUUUGGUGACAGAAGAAAAAGUAUGUUGCUGCCUGGAUCAUUGGCUUGUGAUUACAAAGAAAAACAAUUAGCAAUCUCUUGCAUCCCUAUAGGAUUGCUUCCCAAAUCAUCCGAUGCUCACCCAUUUCUCGACGUUGAAUCCAGCAACGGAGAGAAUGUUCAGAAAGUGUUCGGAAACGGAUCAGAUCAGUUCUUCAACUCUGACUGUGCUCUCUCUCUUCUGUCAACACCAGUUGAGCCCGGGGAGAUUAAUCUAAGCUCCAUGAGCCAAUCCAACCUCAUCACCCCAGCCCAUUUCAUCCACAGUGACGGUCUUGGCUUGGAGAGUGACCCUGUUAAUUCUGGUAUGGUCUCGGACGGUAGCAGCCAUGGCAACAUACGGUGCUACCCGACGUUCCAGGAUGGUCUUGCUGGAUCAUCUGUAGAUUUAUUCAGGUAUUGAAACAUGAAAGUUGGGUCAUUCUUGUAGGUUCUGAGAUAGAUUUAUGUAAUAUGCCUAUUCUCUUCAGGAUUUAACUCAGCCACUGUUAACCUUCCAAUCUCUGCUUGCUUCUUUUGUUCUGUGAGUUUUAAGGAAUGCUGUUGUGUUGUGUGUGAAAUGUCUGUUUCGAUGUUUUUACUUUGUUCAGACUUGAGAUUUGGAAUAUUAAUUUUGUGCCUCUUUUCAGUUCCUCUUC